AACUGCAAGGAAAGGGAAGCAUUUUAGGAUCUGGAGGAGAAGAAGAAGAACAAAAGGGGUAGCUGCAGCAUCACAUCCACCUCCAGACUCUUCAGCUGUCUGACCUUUAACCUUAUGGACUAGACUCUUCCUCAGGUGAAUUCUUCACUGCGGGAUCCUGUUCUUUUGGUGUUAGUUGUUUUCACAUCAAGAUGCAAGCUCAGCUGGCAUGUAUGCUGCUCCUCUGUUUCACAUGUGGUGGACUUUGUACAGGCGUGGAUCAGGAUCAACGAGCGCUGGAAGAGGAGAUCCUCAGCAGCCUCUUCACUUCCAAGAUGAAACAGAAUAAGCAGAGCGCCCCCUACUGGCGCGUGUCGCUGGGCAACCUGUGCAGGCUGGUGAGCGGUCUGAGGCAGGAGGCGCAGAGCAGCGAGGAGGAGGAGCAGGAGGAAGAGGAGGGAGGGCAGCUGAGGGAGGAGCUGUACAACCUGCAAUACAUCUGCAGAGCUCUGCAGAGGGAGGACAGGCUACUCCACGACUCUCAAGAAUAUCUAGAGGAAAACAGUGACAACCCGCUGAAACGAAAAUCACCUUACAUCCUGAAGAGGCAAGCCGCACGCACCACCAAAUCCCGGAGGCCGUACAUCUUAAAACGAAGUUCAAUUUACUGACCGGGAGAAGAUGGGUUCAGGGGACCAGACGAUAUACAUUCUGUGAAGAUGUUAUUGUGAUUUUUCUCCAUCUCUCUGUGGCUGCGAUGUUUUUUCUUUUCCCAUUGUUGGUUUUAUCCAGUCAGACCCUUUGAUUGUAUGUCCGGCAUUCAGGCCUGCCUGUAUCCUGCUCCUGAAAAUAAACUUAAACUGAGCAUCAAGCAAACGGCGUUUCCCCGAGAAACUAUAUUUAUUUACUCAAUGUCUUCUCUGCACACUGAGUGUAUUUCUUUUCU